UCCGCGGUGCAUGAAGCAGUAGGCGCUGAGGCAGUGGCACAGCAAUCGAGGGCAGGGCGGUACAGGGACGGAACGCUGUCCUGGAGCGCGCCGCGCGUACCGAGGGGACGCGCUGAUUGACAGUCGGAGGCACGGAGCGCCCCGUGCGGCUCACAAGCGGAGCUCGCUAAUCUCCCCGCACCCGUCUUGUCAAAGGCAUCUCUGUGAAAUAGCAGCCAGAUCAGCCUGGUGCAAAUAAAGGAAGCUAUCCAUCCCUUGGGUUCGAUCCUGGAGGUUUCUGGCGAAUAAACAAGUAAAAACGGACGCGGCGGCUCUGCGACCCCAUCCCAUCCUGUCUUUACCUGCUCUAGUCAUAAGUGGACACAGUUCUGACCAUUCUGGCUCCUCAAACUGCACUGGUAACAGGAGUGGAUGGACAAAAAGGUCAGGUAGCACUUUGCAAUGUGAGAAGAUUUUGCCGUUUCUCUCUUGUGGAGUAAGAGGACUGCUGCGCUCGGUGCUGUUUUUCGGAUCAUUCUGGGGUUAUUUUUUGUUUUUUGUUCAAUCCAGACAAAUUGUGAAGCGUUUGUGAUUCAAGUUAAAAACCCUGGAGCUUGUGACAAAAACUCCUUUUCAUCCCUUUUAAUUGGAAUAACGGAUAGAUAAUCAGGAAACUCUCGGGAGGAAUUUAAGUUCCAUUUUGGUGCGUAAUUUGUGCGGUGAGUGCCGUUCCUGAACCGCAGAAGUAGUUGUGCUUCAUUGCUUCUUUUUCUUUUUUACAUUCAAUCCUCCAUUUUUUCCCAUGGAGUAGGCUGAAUCACAGGUAAAGACUUCUAAAGAGUGUGGCUUAUUCUCCGCCGCCUGGAACAAACAGGCGGAUCCGAUGCGCAGAUUCUUCGUAGGAUGGUAAAUGACCGAUGGGGAAUCAUGAACAGCUCUUCUGAACUCGAAGAUGGAACUCGGCAUAAAAACCAGACGUUCUGUGAAUGUGUGCCCAGCUCCUCCCAACUCAAACAUCGCUGGUCAGACUCAGAAACUGCCAGGGAGACCCCGGCCAAGAGGAUGAGCUGCAGCUACCUGCUCUGCACUAUCCUGCUCUUCGUGGCUGUAUUGUUGGCCGUCACCGUAACCGGCACCAUCCUUUUUAUGAAUCACUACCAGGCCCCGCCCAUGUCCGAUGGCCUCCCCCACAUUUCUACCAAUCAGGACGAGGCCAAUGCCCUGGUCACCGUGGAGAGAGGCGAUGGCUCUCGCAUUAACAUCUUCAUCGACCCCAACUGUCCCGACUACAACAGUAACUUUUUGCGCCUGGAGGGUGUUCAGACCUCACUGCUGCACUCACUAACCGACCACGACUCUGACCUGAAGUCAGUGAAAGGCCAGGAUCGAGCUCUGCUGGUCAGUCUGGCUGAGGAGGUGGCCAAGCUGUCGGCCCACGCCGGGCAACUGAAAAUGGACUAUGAAUCUCUACGCAGAGGGCAGGGCAGCCUCGGGCAAGACCUCAAUACGCUACAGACGGAACAGGGACGCCUCAUACAGCUGCUGUCUGACAGCCAGAUCAACAUGGUGAAGGUGGUGAACUCAGUUAGUGAUGCUCUUAAUGCCAUGCAGAAGGAAAAUGUGGGUCUGAAGGCGCGUGUCAAGGCCGACUUACAAAGGGCACCAGUCAGAGGGGCUCGUCUCAAGGGCUGCUCCAACGGCUCCCGUCCUCGUGACUGCGGUGAUCUGUACGCCAGCGGUCAGAGAGAAGAUGGUAUCUACUCCGUGUUUCCCGUUCACCACCCUUCAGGCUUCCAGGUCUACUGUGACAUGACCACAGACGGUGGAGGCUGGACGGUGAUUCAACGCAGGGAGGACGGCACGGUCAACUUCUUCAGAGGAUGGGAGUCCUAUCGUGAGGGAUUUGGCAAGAUCACCGGUGAACACUGGCUCGGGCUGAAGCAGAUCCAUGCCCUGUCCAUCCAGGGUAACUAUGAGCUUCGUAUUGACUUGGAGGACUUUGAAAAUAGCACAGCGUACGCCCAGUAUGGUACCUUUGGAGUGGGCCUCUUCUCAGUGGACCCUGAUGAUGAUGGAUACCCUCUGACUGUGGGAGACUAUUCCGGCAAUGCAGGUGACUCUCUGCUGAAGCACAAUGGAAUGAAGUUCACCACCAAAGACAGGGAUAAUGACCACUCGGAGAACAACUGCGCCUCCUUCUACCACGGCGCCUGGUGGUACCGAAACUGCCACACCUCCAACCUCAACGGCCAGUACCUGCGCGGUCAGCACACCUCGUACGCCGACGGCAUCGAGUGGUCCUCCUGGACUGGCUGGCAGUAUUCCCUCAAGUUCUCCGAGAUGAAGAUCCGUCCCACCCGCGACCCUGACAAUAAAUGACACUGACAAAAGAGAAAGAAGAAGAAGAAAUUUAAAAAAAAGAAAAUUUUUUUGAAACAUUACAAACCACAAUUUCUGACAGCUAGAUGGAGUUAAUUGUCUUGAUAUUGUUUAUCCACUAAAACAUACCUCUUUGAGUUUAGUUGACUCAAGCUGUUUGCCUCGUGAUGUCUCUCUUCCUUUUUGCUCCUCUUCCUCCAUCACUCAGCUCUACCAGUCAUGCCGGCUGCCAUAAUCCGUCCUGUGGUCCCAUUCUUUUUAAAAAUAAUACCCUUAUUUUUGGCCAUUCAGUCCACAACAACAGCAUACCAGCAGCCCUGAGCCCACAGUCCACUGCGCAAGCUUUGCUCAGUCUUACAUGGUGGUCCAGCCGUCCCCUGCAGAAUCACACACCAGUGACUUUUUCCUGACAUGUAACUCUGACCUCCCAUCUGUGCUGACGUCGCACUUAGACUGCGGUUCACUCUCACUGCCCAUUGCUGUAUAAUCUGUGAAUGGACAGGGCUGGUCCACAUAGAAGAGGAAAAAGAAACACCAUCCACACGAACCGGAGAUACAAAUUCUCAGUUUCCCCCCCCCCGUCCUCUUGCAAAGGAGAGUUUCACCUGUGAGAAGGGACAGCACAGCGGUGCGCUAUGCCACAUUUACAUCCGUGAUCUGUGUGAAUGAGACCCAGCAGGGUAGUGGCAAAGGAAGAAAAUAUGAGGUCUCGGAUAUUGAGAUGGAGGCGGAAAACGAGGAAACAAUUUGACAAGAGGUAAAUUGGCUGAAGAGAACGGAGGAUGGAGGGAAUCAAAAGGGGGAGAGAAGAGGAAGAGAGGAGGUUCCGAAAAGGAUGACAAAGAGGAAAAAGAAAGAGACAACGAAGGAUCUCAUUCAUCUAACUUGGGCCAUUAGGGAGCAUAUUGGGCACUUUGUCUGAUCUGCCUGCCAGCUGAGUACUGGCCAACUGAUGCAGCACUCACAGAUGGUAACCCAGCACUUUGUGUACGUAGGUGCGCAUGUGUGUGUACGUGUGUGAAUGUGCAUGUGUGUGUGUGUGUGUGUGUGUGUGUGUGUGUGUGUGUGAGACAGACAGACAGAGUUCUCUAACACGAUCAAUUUUCUGUCAUGAGUUCAGUAGAGCAUCUCGAUUGACUACAGUGUUUAGCACAGACCGACUAAACCUGAUGCAUGGCUGGAAUAGCUUCACUCUCUCCAUCUAAGUAGUUGGAACAUGGACUAACAAAGCCUGGAAGGUAUGUGGUUCAUUAGAGAGGAAAAAAGGCAUGAGACCUCUUGAAGGAAAUCUUACAUCCCCCCUCUUUCCCACCUCUAUUGUUUGUCCUCGUUCCUUCCCUCCUUCCUUUCCAGGUGAUUAUUAUGGGAUUUUGUUUUCGCGAUACAGUUUCUCUUGUCAUGCAAAUGAUGCAAAACUUGCUGUAAAAUAAGAUUUGACGCUCACAACCACUGUCUUUUUCUUCUGAGUAGAAAUUCUACAAUGUGUUGUGGCAAAGUCAAAAUUGCCUAAAGCAAAUCAAGAAAAAAAAAAAAAAAAAAAACGUUCCGAAGAAAAAACAUAAAGGCAACAUGUGGGCGGAAAAUAGUGCAAUUCCAAUUUUUCUGUCUUUUUUUCUUUUUUUUUUUCAAAGUCGGUGAAUCAACUUUUUUUUUCUUUUGGAUGUAAUAAAAGCUUUAAAAUAUCUGUAGAUUUCAUUGUACAGUGUGUAUGACUUUUAAAGCAUGUGAAUCUGUUUCUUACUAUGCUAAAACACAAAGAGAACUCAAGCACACAGGCUUAACAGAAUCCACUGGUUUGAAAAAAAAAAAAACUUAAAAGGUGAAGUGAGGUGUAUUUACAGAACUUUUUCCCCCUUCCUCUACCUGAACUUCAGCAGGGAGCGGCCUGUGCUGCUCUGACGAUUAAACUGGAAGAGGAGGAAUGUGAUUAUUUCCUUAAAGCACAUGCCCAUUCAUAUCUACAGCACAAACAUAAAUCUUUCUACAGAGGCACAAUACAGGAGAGAUUUCUAACCUCUUGGCACAUGAGCUGCCUUGCUUGGACAUAUGUGAUCUUUCUGACAUCUUGGCUUUGGAAAACUCCUGAGGCACUGGGAGACAGUUUUGAAUGUGUGCUGAAGGGUGUCGGCCCAGCUGGCGGAGAGUUAAUGUGUAGCACCGAGCAAUGUUGCGCUGAAUACCUCUGACACUGGAACAGCUGUGAGCUUCUCUGUCAUCGCCGGUGCCUCGUAAGGAUCUCCCAUCGCACCUCAGCUGUGUGCACACAGCUAGAUAUACGUCGUGUCUUGGUGGACCGCUGCCACCUCUUCUCAUCAAAGCACAGAGACAUGUUGCAAACACUUGGAGAUGGUUUAAAGGUUCGAUCAUGUCAGAGGGUGCAUUUAAGCUGUGUGAGGUCACUGAAGGGUGAAGGAACUGAACCGAGGGUGUAUGCAAAUGUGUGUAUGUGUGCGUCUCUGUGCUGGACAGAGCAUGUGUAUGUGUGUACACAGGUGUGCGUCUACGGUGUUUCUGUGUGUACACAUAUAUGCACAAUGCUUGGGUUUGUACAUGCCCAUGUGCAUGAGCCAGACAAGAGAAACAGGAGGCUGAGUGUGUCUCUCUCUGUGGAAUUUUGAAGUAAUGUGAUGCUUAUGUACAACUUGCCUCCCCUGCUAUUUGUGUUGAUACCAGAGAGAUUUACAUAAUUAUAAUGAGCUAUUACUUAUUGUGAUUGUGAACCCAUUAGAGUGGACACCACCUUCUGGUACUGUGUUGAACUGCGCUCGUAACCCCCAAAAACCCCCUCCGAGAAGCUCCCAAAAUUCACCUCGACACAGCGUUGUGCUCAUUGUAUAUGUUAAUGCUAUGUUGCCCCUUGUUAUUUAAAUGUAGAGACAUGUAUUAUUUGCCAUGCUCCUUUGUGUGUUUCUGUUGAGUGAAUGCCUUUCUAGUCACUCUCUCUGCUGCAGCUAGCUCCAAUGGAAGACGAUAAAAGAGUGAAUCAGAGGAUCUAAUCAUUCCCAGUUAUCCCAGUCAUUACAGAGCAUCAGCACCCUCCUGAUCGAUCCCCUCCGUCCCCAAACCUUCUGUCUUUCUUACUGUGUACCUCCUUAAUUGCCUCAGCCUCUGCAGCCAACCUCCCUACCCCCAGCUCCUAAAUUUUCCUCUCUACUCGCUCCAGCUCCUAACUCCCAUCCUCUUUAUUACACAGUUUUAAUUCUUUUCUUUUUUUGCGUCACUCCUGCCCCCGCCCUCCUCUCCCCGACCCUCCCAUUCCUUCAUUCGCAGCGCAGAACUAACUUUGUUUCCUUUUUCUUUUACUUUUGGUGAAGUACUAUAGAUUGUUUUGCUGAAUCUUGAUACUGUGUUUUAAUGUUCUUGUCAACAUUUAAUAAACAUUCACAUUUUAUAAAUGGGGAACACCCUGAA